AACUCUACCGUCCGAUCAAACCCUACCUGCUCGCCGUUGGAGCGUGGGGCUUGGACUUCAGAGUCCUCCCUCCUUUUCAUAUUUUUGAAAAUCUCUCUCUCUCUCUGUCUCUCUCUCUCUCUCUCUCCGUGCCUUUGCAGAUCAUUUCCUCAUCUCCGUUGAAAAUUCGGAGAUUUUUCAUUUUGCAAGAUCUGCAAUGCGCACUCGCUCUAUCCCCUCGUCAUUGGUAGCAGUUUUCGCUGAUUUUCCUGCGUCGAAUCACGCAAGUUCUGAGGAGUAAUUUCUUUGUGGCUCUUUAGAGAGGUUGAUGAUAGUUUGGGGAAUCUAUUCUGGAGAGAGCUGCUACAGAGAAGGUUUUGAGAUAUGCGGCUUCACUUGCCAACUACGGAACAAUGGCGAGUAACAAAGCAAGUAACUCUAGGAGAGGCGAAGUUACUGCAGCUGCUCUCCCUGAUUGGGGCAGCGAGUGUUUUCAGAAACCACAGUCUUUGCACGGGCGGACUAGUGGUCCUACGAGGCGGUCGACAAAGGGGCAGUGGACACCUGAAGAGGAUGCAUUAUUGUGCAGAGCUGUCCAACGCUUUAAGGGAAAGAGCUGGAAGAAAAUAGCCGAGUGUUUUACGGAUAGGAGUGAUGUUCAAUGCUUGCACAGGUGGCAGAAGGUCUUAAACCCGGAACUUGUGAAAGGACCAUGGUCGAAAGAGGAAGAUGACAUAAUCAUUGAAUUGGUCAAUAAAUAUGGGGCGAAGAAGUGGUCGACCAUUGCGAAUGCAUUACCUGGACGCAUUGGAAAGCAAUGUCGUGAAAGGUGGCAUAAUCACCUUAAUCCUGCCAUAAACAAGGAGGCAUGGACUCAAGAAGAGGAAUUGGCGUUGAUUCAAGCUCAUCAGAUAUAUGGGAACAAGUGGGCAGAGUUAACAAAAUUCUUGCCUGGAAGGACAGACAAUUCAAUAAAGAAUCAUUGGAACAGCUCUGUGAAAAAGAAGUUGGAUUCAUACAUGGCAUCAGGUUUACUUGCACAGUUCCAAGGACUGCCUCAUGUGGAAAACUCAAGCCAAUGCAUGCCAUCUUCUUCUGAGAGGAAACAACAUAACAAUGGAGAAUGUAGUUUCAAAGAUGGGGCAGAAAUUGAAGAAUCAUCAGAAUGCAGUCAAGGUUCUGGUUCUGUUGGUUUCUCUCAAUCUCAUUGUGAAGUAGCUCCUGCUAUUCCUGUACAGGUGCAGGAAGAGUUUAAAAUGAGAGAAGAAGCUAUUAAAAAAACAGUAAAAAGUUCUCAUUCUUUGUGUUCCAAACAAUGUUAUACUCCAGAAGAAGGCACAUUCACGGUACCAGAAAUACCUUCUAGUGUGGGCAUGCCAGUAAACACGUCUGAGCAGAGUUUGUUACAUACGGCUAGAAACUCUGACAGCAAUGCUCGUCAACUGUGCUCACAUGAAUUGGUGGAGGUAAUGCAGGACUCAUCAAGGUUACUGGAAGCAUCGAUGCAUUAUACUUCAUGUGUUGUAGAAAACCAUGGAACAAAAUCUAUUCUUGUACAGGGCUCUGUAGAAUCUCAUGCUCCUAUGGGGAAUAUAGUUGUUGGUCCUGAGGAACCAGUGGAUGAAGUAUUGCCAUGUGAAGAUGAUUGUGGUAGUAACAAGCUUUUAGAUGCAGCGAUUCAUGGAAGCUUCUCUUUGGGAAAUCCUAUGGAAGGUGCAAAUAUCAUUGACUUGGAUGGCUAUGCAGGUUCAUCAUUCUCUGAAACAGCCAUGAGUUCAGCUUUAUGUUCAUUAAUUUGUCAAUCUGAUAUUCAAGACUCUGAAGUGGCCAGGAAUUUAGCUUCAUGUUCAAAUCUGUAUUAUCCUCCAACUUCGUCUGAUAUAUCUGAGGCCCCAUGCUAUCAAAAUUAUCCGGGGCCCCAUGCUGAGGUUACUGAUGAUUUGAAUAAAACACAAGGGUUGGGGCUUGUUACAUGUCCUGAUGGUUUUUUCUGUUCGAACAGCUCUUUUGAGUUGGUCAAUGUUGGUGAUAGGGAUAAGCGUUGCAUGCAUGUGGAGGCAGAUCAGAAAACGGAGGCUCCAAACACAAGAACCAUGGAAAUGUUUGGUCCCGUAAUGAUAGAUCACACUGGAUGCCUUAUCGGCAUGGAUGGUAGUACAACAGUUCCUAAUGAACACUUCGGUUCAGAAUCUCUAUUUUAUGAUCCUCCUCGUUUUCCAAGCUUGGAGAUUCCAUUUGUCAGCUGUGAUCUCGUAUCAUCUGGCGGAGAGGCAUAUAGUCCCCUAGGGAUUCGACAAUUGAUGCUGUCCAGUUCUCCUCCAUAUGGUGGCUUAUGGGAUUCACCUUCUCACAAUGACAGUCCUGAUGCUAUUCUGAAGAGUGCUGCCAAGAGCUUCCAGUGUACUCCUUCCAUUUUAAAGAAACGGCCGCGGGAACUAUUGUCGCCUGUGCAAGAAAGGAAGAGUGACAAGAAACCGGGAAGGGAAAUGAAUCAUGGGUUAUUUUGUGCAUCUUCCAGUCCAAAUAGAAGUUAUUAUCCUUGCCCAGAUGUUAUAUUUGAUGAGCCUGGGGCUUGUUUGUCUACUACUGAGGGGUCUUUCCUUUCUGCAUCUCACCUGAAAAGGAAAUCCCUGGCUUCCCCCAUUGACAAGGAAAAUCUUGAUCAUGCUUCUAAAGACAAAAAAGAUGAAACUGUGGUUCUAGAUUGCGAGGACAGGAAAGAGCAAGGUGAUGCAACUAAGACUGAUGAGGAUAUUACAGCCCAAACAAUGCAGCAGCCUACUGGAGUCCUUGUUGAACAUAAUUUGAAUGAUCUGAUAUUUUUUUCCCCUCCUCGAGAUGGAUAUCUUAUGAACAGACCCUUGACUACUGGUGCUACGACUCCAGGAAUUCAACUUCACAAAAGCUUGGAGAUCACAUCAAACCACGCUGAUGAUAAAGGCCAAUCUCAAUCUUCAUUGGGCGAUCCAUGUUUCUCAGACCUUAUUUACCCCAGUGUCUGUGAAACGAAGCAUGACCAGCGUUUAGUCCGAAAACCGCUGCAGGUCACAAUUGAAAAGCCUGGCAUAUCCGGCAAUGCUGAUAUUGAAAACUUUACAAUUUUCUCAGACACUCCUGGCAUCAAAAGAGGGUUUGAAUCUCCUUCAGCAUGGAAGUCACCUUGGUUCAUGAACUCUCUUCUUCCAGGACCAAGAUUUGAAACAGACAUAACUUUUGAGGAUAUUGGCUAUUUGUUCAGUCCUGGAGACAGAACCUACGAUGCUAUUGGGCUGAUGAGACAGUUAAAUGAGCAUAGUGCUGCUGCAUUGGCUGAGGCUCGGGAGGUUUUGGCAAGUGGAUCUGACAUAGCUGCUUCACAGGAAAAUGAAAGAACACUUGGCAACCCACGUUUUCAAGAAGAGAACAAUCACUUUGCAGACAAUGAACUGGAAAAUCUUAUUCCUUUGCCACCUGGUGUCUUGCCUUUCCAGACAGAGCAACGCAUUCUUGAUUUCAGCGGUUGCAGCUCACCAGGCAAAGGCACAGAAAACAGGAAGACAGCUGGGGUUGGGACUACAAUAAGCUUCACAAGCCCCUCUUCCUAUCUGAUGAAAGGCUGCCGUUAGCAAUUUGUAUUGGUUAUCCCACUGCAUCGGUAGGAAGGCUGAGAUUUCCAGGCUGUUGAUUGGUAAUGGCCAAACCACCAAAGUAAGCUUCCUUGAGCCUCUCUCCCAAUCAGAGGUUGCAAUUAGCUGGUGCUACAGUCAACACUCUACUACAGUUAGCUUCCCAUCUCUUCCCAUCCAAUGAGGGUUGCUGUUGGCAUGUCAUCAUCAACACAUUCUAUCCAUCGAUAUCACCUGCCCACCAGUGUAAAGCUUCACAUAUCCCCUGCAGAUUAUUGGGUCAAUCCUCAUUUUGCAUUUCUAUCAGUGGGCCAUGUUAUUCAUCCCAGUGCUCUACAACAAUGCUUCCUGAGUCCUCUUCCCAUCAGGUUCAGUGCUUGCAAUUAGCAGGUUGUGAUUGUUAACCUGGCACAGAUAGCUUGUCAAGGUUGCUGUUAGCCAAGUCUACAUAGGUUUGCUGUUAGCUGGCUCUUAUGGUUAACCGGGGCCAUAGGUUGAUGUUAGCAGGUCCCAUGGUUAACUGCGUUUUGCAUAAUAUGUAUAUAAAUAUACAUACACGUGUCAUGUUUAAUCAUACCUUUUAAGUCCCAGAUUGAUGAUUAUCUUUUUUAAUGUAAUAUAUAUUGUCACUUGAGUAUCAUUUGUAUUUGUAUU